AUGUUAAUAUUUAAAAAGGUUAAUUCAAAGGUGUUAAGCAUAAACAACUAUUUGCAGAAAUAUUUAGAGUCCAAUCAGUUCGAAAAAAAUCUUAAAGAAGCACUAAAUAACAAAAACUAUGGCGUGUCGAAUAGCCUUCUGUAUGACCUGUCGAUCUCAACGUAUGAUGCGAAUUACUAUAAGAGAGUCCUCAGCGAGGUUUUCAAGGCAAUCCAGGAGAAGCCGUCAAAAUGGAGGAGAAUAUACAAGGGAUUAAGACUGUGCGAGUACGUAAUGAAAAACGGAUGCGAGUACUUCAUCAGCGACGUGAAGGAUAAAGAGGAACUAAUUAAAAAACUUACGCACUUUACCCAUUUAGAAGACUUAAAAGACAAAGGAGUAGGUAUAAGAGAAAUUUCAAAUAAUAUUUUAACGUUGUUAAGAGAUAACAAAUAUUUGAAGAAUGAAAGAAUGGAAGCUGCGAAAUAUGCAAAUAUUUGCACCAAUAUAGAAUCUAAGCCGAUUGAAAAAAAAGGAUUUUUUUCAAGUCGGAAAAAGAAAACAAAAAAUAAAGGGAAAAAAAUUUUGGAGAAUAACAAAAGAAAUUAUAUGGAUACAAGGAGUACAAGAAAUCCACAAGAAAAAAGUAUUUUCGAUCAGAUAGAGGAAGAGAGAAAUAUGCUAAAUCAAUAUGCAAGCAAUAAUUACGACAUGAAUGAUAUUAAGGAAAUCAGGCAGAGGAAGAAAGCACAGAAAUGCAUCUGUACAGUCUUCAAAAUAUUCACACUCUUCUUCAGCAUCACAUUAUGGUUCGAGAUCUUCAUAUAA